AUGGCCAGCCAAAGACAUACUCCCGGCCCAGGCCAAGGCGUAACCUCGACUUCCAGAGGUGGUAACAACAACGCUUUAUCAAUAUCCGAACAUUCUCGAGCGGCUGGCAUUGGCGCAGAAACCAUCGACGACUUCCUCGACCGACAACCUCGCUCCGUUCUCAUCCGACUUUACGAGAAACCAGCAUCAUGUCUAGCCAUCUUCCGUCUACUUCCCAUGAUGGCACGGCAAUUAAUCAUGCAUAUGCUCUUCCUCGACGUUCCACUCGCAGCAGAUGAUUUCAUUGCCUGGAUCAAGAAGGAAGCGCGGAAGGACUUUGAUGCGGCUGUAGACAAGCUUUCCCGCCUUUCGAUUGUGCAGUUGAAGUCGACGGGAGGGAAGCAGAUUUUGCUGCUGAAUGCAGUGUUUACGGAUGGGAUGAGAAGAGCGUUGACUGGUGGAGGCAAGCAUAGGUCUUUUGGUGUUCCUUGUGAUACGGAGGAUAAGAAUGCGGUGGAUGUUGCGUUCUUGGAUCAGUAUGCGAGGAAUAAGUGGGAGACCAUCUUGCAUUACAUGGUCGGUAGUGAGAAUUCGUCUACGCCGAGAGAGCCAGUGUUGUAUCUUUUGAGGAGAAGUAACUUGAUGCAGCCCAGGCCAAGUUCGGGGUCGGGUAGCGGCGGGUUGAAUAUUACGAGUAGAGGGUUCCAGUUCUUAUUAGAAGAUGUGAACACGCAGCUGUGGGACUUGUUGCUGCAGUAUCUAGAUAUGGCAGAAGAGAGGAACAUGGAUCUGGUUGAGGUGCUGGCUUUCCUGUUCAUGUUGGGCAGCUUGGAGCUUGGGAGGGAUUACUCAACGGAAGAAUUGCCAGAGACGCAAUUGCAUAUGCUUGAAGAUUUCCGUGAUUACGGUUUGGUCUAUCAACGCAAAGCUUCCAGCCGGCGGUUCUACCCCACUCGUCUAGCUACAACGUUGACCUCUUCAGCAGCUAUCCCACUCCUGUCGAGUAACGGAGCCGAACAGGAAGAACGAGGCUACAUUAUCUUAGAGACCAACUACCGACUCUAUGCAUACACCUCCAACCCUCUCCGAGUUGCGGUGUUGUCGCUGUUUGUUACGAUCAAAGCGCGGUUUCCGAACCUUGUUGUCGGGUCGAUCACGCGAGACUCGGUCAAGUCAGCACUGGCGAAUGGCAUUACAGCAGAACAGAUCAUCACGUAUCUCACGCAUCAUGCGCAUGUUCAGAUGCACCGGAACGACCCGUUGUUGCCAGUGACGGUCUCGGAUCAGAUCAGGUUAUGGGAAAGAGAGAAGAACAGGGUAGUGCAGAAUUUGGGUUCGUUGUUUACGGACUUCACAAGUCAGUUCGACUUCGAGGAGGUCAGGAACUAUGCUAAGCAACUGGGCGUGCUCGUGUGGGAAGAUGAGUCGAAAAGGAGGUUUUUUGUUGAUGAGGCGGGCAAUGAGCCUGUUCGCGAUUAUAUCCGUAGAAGGAGAGCGUAG